UACUGUUUAAUCCCUCUAUUUAAGGUAAAAAUUUCGCGGAUAUUUUAUCGUUCACAUAGUCUUCCUCUACCAGCGUGAAAAAUUUCAUGGUGCCUAUAUAAAAACCACUUUAAAAUCCAAAAAUAAUAAUAUGGUGUAUGAAACAUCGUAUAGUACCGGGCAAAAGGCCUUUUCUCCUGAUCAAAAUCGAGGAAAAUGGGAAAAACCCACGGACUAUAUAUUUGCCUGUGUAGGACUAGCGUUGAAGAUGGAUGUCUUCGACAUUACGUAUUAUUUACACCGGGAUAUGGGCAUUCUUGGGGUUUGGCCGUAUUUUGUUUAUGUGGUAAUUUAUUUGGUUCCCAUCAUAUUUAUUCACUCCUUCAUGGGCCAGUUCUCCAGCAGUGGCUUUAUCUCCGCCUUUCGCCUGUCUCCUUUAUUUAAAGGCAUGGGAUAUCUAAGCGUUUUUCUGACGCUCUCAAUGCUCAUUUAUUAUAGCAUAUAUGCUGCUCUGCCAUUAUACUAUAUAAUAAACUCUUUUCAACCCACCUUACCCUGGAGUUGUGAGGGCUUAAAAUACUGGUUUAAUGAGACCUCUGCUCGAUCGACAAUAUGUAAUGGAACAAUUAAUGAAGAGCUCUCCAUAACUCAAAACGAUACAGCAAAAUACAUGAGGAAAGUGUACGUACCUUCCGUGAUUUACUAUGAGCAUUUUUUUGAGGGCUUGCGAGAGAAAGGUGGUAUGCCAGAAAUGAAUGACGCCUAUGAGCUGUCCUGGUACUUAGUGACCCUGUUCGCUGUAGUUUGGGCAGUAAUUGCAUUUAUAUUUCAUAAAUUUUCGGAUGCAGCUAGGUUUGGAAAGUUUUUGCGUUACAUGGUUACUUGCACACUGAUCCUUCUUUUAGUGUGCUUUGUACGCUUUCUCUUUCUCCCAAAAGAUCUGUCGUGGCUAGCCAGAUAUUUAACUCCAAGACCCUAUAAUUGGGUACUGGGAACUGCCUCAACAUUUUACAUUGCCAUACAAGCGUUCGGAGCUGGAUGGGGCAGUGUGAUAGCAUUGUCCAGUUUCAAUGGAUUCAAAACGAACAUAAUGUCGUACAGUUGGAUUAUCUCCAUUGGACAGAUCCUUAUUUUCAUUACGUUUAGCUUGGUUGCCUGUAUGCUGGAGCAGCACUUCAGAGAGUUUGAUAAAGACUCUGAUAAAGACAUACACAACGUUUGGCUGAUGUUUUUGUCUACUGCCAGUGCUUUGUCCACAAUAGGUUGGUCGAACCUAUGGACUAUAAUAUACUACACUACUUUACUAUUGGCGGCUAUUAUUUCGAUAUCUACUCAAAUAUUCACUGUCCUGCAAAGUUUGUUUGAUGAGUUUGAGGAACUUCGAGUAAGAAAGCAGGAGGUAACCUUCGGCCUUAUUGGUGGGCUCGCAUUCUGUUCCAUCUUCUUUUGCACAAAUCAUGGUAUUACCUAUUUUUGUUCUUUCUACUCGGAUGCUACUUUCUCACACAUUUUGCUGCAUAUACUACUUAUUUUGGUGGUUUUCUGGAUCUACGGCCCACAACGUUUCCAGCGGGAUAUUGAGUUUAUGUUGGGCCAGCUUUUUGCCCCCUGGAAAAUUUAUGUACUCCGUUACAUAGCUCCAUUUAUUUUAUUGAUAUUAAUGCCGUUGGGAAUAUAUUGGUCCAUAGAAGAUCACUCUUUCGUCGCGGAUGAGUUCCUUGUGAUGUGCAUUGUUGUGGUAUGGUUACCCCUUCUGGCAAUACCUGGCUAUGGAUUUUACUACCUUUCCAAGAGCACUGGCACUUUUUGCGAUCGCCUUAGACGUACCUGCCGACCCACCGAUUGGUAUCCGGUUGAGAUGGAGCACCGCAGGAAGUACGAGGAAGCUCUGGGAAACACCGAGGCACACCAGCUUGUUGAGGUUACCGAGUAGAUGAAAUAAGAUAUAAUAAAUUUACGAAAUAUAGUAAAUUAUCGAUCAAUUGCAAUAAAUAUCUUACAAAAGUA